AUAGCGCGUAUAGCGGAAAUUAAUAGCGGAAUGCGAAUUAAACGGUGACGCCUUCCUUCUACGGCUAUUGCUUUUGCUUGUCAUCGUCCGUCAUUCGCUGUUAAGGCACGAGGAAGUGUAGAGCUCGUUUUAAUUUUCUUUUUUAAGCAAAGUCAAAUAUUCACUGCACCGAAAAUGCCGGCUAAAGCUGUCUGCGUUCUAAGCGGUGAUGUCAAGGGCACCAUAUACUUCGAGCAAAACGGUGAUGCCAGUCCGGUUAAGGUUACCGGCGAAGUAAGCGGCUUGAAGCCGGGCAAUCACGGCUUCCAUAUUCACGAAUUUGGUGACAACACCAACGGUUGUACGUCGGCCGGCCCACAUUUCAAUCCCCACAACAAGGAACAUGGUGGUCCGGAUGCAGCUGUAAGACACGCCGGUGAUUUGGGUAACGUGGUGGCCGAUGACAGCGGAGUCGCUAAAGUGGACAUUACUGACAAACAGAUUUCAUUGUCUGGACCGUUAAGCAUUCUCGGUCGCACAGUCGUUGUUCAUGCCGAUCCAGACGACCUCGGUCUCGGUGGUCAUGAGCUGAGUAAGACCACUGGAAAUGCGGGUGGUCGUUUGGCUUGCGGUGUAAUUGGAAUCUGCAAAAUGUAGAUCAACUAGUGUAGUGAAUCGUAAAAUGUAUUCACUAUAAGCUCAACUUUGGGAGCUGGGAAUCUUGUCCUUUUUCAAUCCUGUGCUAAGCAUCCUUUAACUUUAAGUCAAAGAAGAACAAUGUUCAACAUUUCGGUCAAUAAAAUCGAAAAUUUGUUAUUCGUACCCUCA